AUGUCAUACUGCCCCCCGAACGUCACGUUCUACACGGUGUGGUACGAAAAAGGUGUGUCCGUUUGUUUUUUGGACACAUUCUGCGCGUUCUUGCUUGGCAGCGCUAUGCUCAUCUUCGGCAACGCCGAACUGUGGAUGUACAGCCGUUACGGCAGUAUACUGGACCGUCGUCUGCUGUCGCACCCUCCGCUGCUCUACUACGGCCAUCUGUUGUGCAACGUGCUACUGGUUAUGCUGUCCAUCGUCUGGUUGCUGGUUCGCUACGAGACCAGCUUACAGAUCUACGGCUACAACAUCUUGCAUUGUACAGUUGAUUCGUACUGUUGGUUGAUGUCGCUUUUGCUGAUUGUCCUUGAGCGUAACUUCGACCUUCCAUCGACACCUGCUCGUGGCCACAGCGUCUUUCUGAACAUCUUUUGGGCUGCGUCAUUCGCGCUCGAAACCUUGAUGGUGUUCAACUUUAAUGGGCAACUUUGGUACUUCGUUUUGCACAACCCUGCUGAAAGAGCGCUGCUUGUUAUCUUUAUCUUGAAGCUGAUUUUACUCGCUUCGAAUUUCUUGAUCGGCAUGUUCGCUCCCGGAAUGGUAUCGACAGUAAUUCGAGGUCAGUUCGAAUACAAACAACUGACAGAGUCCAGCUCUAAAGAUAACAACGCUGGAACGGCGGAGUCAAACAUACCGCUAAUAUUUGUACUGCCUUUGUAUGGAUCAAACGAGGACGGCGUUGUUUCGAAUCACGUUAAUGACUUGGACAGGCGGUCUCUGAACGACAUUCUCAACUAUAGUAAUCUUUUGGUCGAGUUCCGUGGCCGUCGGCGUGAGAACUGUCGCUGCAACCGUUACACGAACGUGCUUCCGUACGAUUUCAAUAGGGUGGUCCUGAAGGACCGUUCGUUUGGACCUAAUUCGUAUAUCAACGCCAGCUUCGUGGCGGUGCCAGUCGGCGAGUUAGACGAGGUGUUGUACUACAUCGCCACGCAGGGGCCCUUGCCGAAUACCGUCGAUCACUUUUGGCAGAUGGUCUGGGAACAGAAGGUGCCAACGAUCAUAAUGCUGACCGAUCUGUUCGAGUCUGGCCUGCCAAAAUGUUACCAGUACUGGCCAGACGUCAACGAGAGCCUCGAGAGCAAGUGUCUGUUGAUCAGCUGCAUACGCGAAGAACAGCUGGACAAAAGUGUGAUGCGUGAAUUUUCGAUCAUACACGUGCCGACUCAGCAGGAGCUAACCACAACCCAACUGCACUUCAAGGGAUGGCCAGACCACGGUGCUCCGCGCAAACCGCAGCAUUUCCUGGAAUUCAUGGCACUGGUCAACGCCGCGCGGCCAGAAAGUGCGGUUGGCAUGGUCAGUCACGACGGCUCUCGCAGCAGCAGGUCACCCAUAACCAUAGUGCACUGCAGUGCCGGCAUCGGUCGCACUGGUGUCUAUGUUAUGGUUGAGACACUUAUGAAGCUGUUGGACGCGAACCUGCCGAUCAGGCCUCUCGAGAUCAUCAGGUUGCUCAGAAAUCAACGGGUAGGCAUGAUUCAGACGGAGGAACAGUUGAAAUUCGUUUGCGACGUGGUUUUAACCUACGGUUCGAAACGUCCCCGUACCUCUGAUAAGUGA